AUUUGGGCUCAAGAUUGAUCGAGUGGGUCCACGCCAAUCCGGAGGACCUCUAGGACCCAGUGAUGGGGAACACUGGAUCCUGUUGCUCUUGCGAGGAUGACGUGCAAGGCAGUGAGGACUCAAAGAGGUGGGUCAACCUUCUGACUGAGAGAGGGCUGGCACCACCUUUGGGUGGUUAGAGACCAGAAAUCCCCAGGUGGCGAAGGGAAGAAGGAGUCAACCAGCGGCGCUGGACAUCGAGACGUGUAGCAAAAUUAUGCAACAUGGCAUACCAUAAAAUGGUCAUCUUUGGAACUGUUUUCUGAAAUGUAGAAGACUAAGAAGCAGCUGAGUGGAUGGAUCCACCAAAGCCUGAAGCUGACUCUGAAGUAGUGGUGCGCUUUCGAUAAGCCCCACACUGCACAUCCAUCCCAGCAGUUUGGACAAUGGUCAGUGUGAAGAAUUGCAGAUGUCCAACUGUCCAACGUAAGAAAAGUGUGCAAAUUGCGUGCCCAUGGGUUUAUCAUGGUUUAUCCGACUAUCCCUUCGAUUUGCCCGAAGAAUCAUCCUGAUCGAUCCAAUUGAUUGGGCCAUGAUGACAUCUAAUCCACCCUGAAAAGAGGACAGAACAACAUGCAUGUGACUGGUGGCCACAGAAAUGUGUUGACCGAGUCACAUUGGUUGACCCGGACUGGUUGAAUCCCUCAAGACCUCUUGGCUACAUCAUCGAGCUUCAACAUCGUUCCUCUUGCAGUUUUCCAACGAUGGAGUUAUGCGCCAAGAUUGUUCGGCCUUGUGCUACUCAGCAGGUGUUUUAAAAGAUGCAACACACACACACAUCUAACAAGAACAACUGUCACCUUGGGUGCCUUGGCUUUGUUUGUUUGAGUUCCUAGUCUUCUUGGAAUGACUUCUGGAGUCUCACCGAUGUAGCACUGUAGAAAACAGAAGGCAAGACCUGAUUCCUCACACUUUUGUUUGUUUUCUGCCAUCUCGGAUGGGCACCUCGUUCGCAGCGCUCAACCGACUGAUACUGUAUUGUUUACACAGGUUUACCUGGUCACUGACACAACUCACCAUGCACUACUCAUCGUUUCUUGGGGACCCAGGCCGGGCAGACAAGCCAGAAAAAGGCCGGGCAGUGGCUUAACCGGUGAGAUGUGUCACGUGGGGCGAUGAUGAGACCGUGAGACCAUGCUGAAGUUCUCUUCGCCAUGUGCGUGCGUGGUCCAUGUGUCAGUUCGCCGGGGCAUGGUCAUCUAGGAAUCCACUACACCUCGACUGAAAAGGAAUUUGGCCUCAAAAGUUCUUUCAACACCGAGUUGGAAGACGUGGGCAUCCUUAGAUAUCAGAUAGCUUUGGACAAAUGAGCUUCUAUCAUUGGCUUGCCGCGACUUGCCAUAUUUCCUUCAUUCCUUUGAGACAGAGCAUGGAUCCCGUUUGUUUGGGAAGAGUUUUGGACCAAGCAACUUUCAUUAGGUCGCCGACGGAGUUCACCAUCAUCCUCGACCGAAGGAACAACGAGGGCCUCGGCGUGGAUGCGGCACCUGAGAAGGUCGGGACGCUGGAGAUCAAAAGCGUCACGCCUGGAGGUCUUGUGGACAGGUGGAACCAGGCCCAACAGCCUGGGUCUCGAGAGAUUGUCAGGCCAGGCAUGCGCGUGGUCGAGGUGAAUGGUCGCUUCAAUAGCGCAGUGGGCCUCAUUGCAGCGUGUCGAGAAACAGAGGCACAGAGAGACGAUCCGCUGCGCUGGAUCAUGGGGGAUGCAAGACCCACCCGAGGUUCCGCAGGGCAUCCGCUCCGUCUUCAGACGCUCCGCGCUCCGCACCAAUGCCGAAUGUUUGACUGGUUCCUGCUUCCCACUGCGGUGACUGAAGCCGCACUGGGGGUUCACCCCAUAAGUGAAAGACAGCGGCUUCGAAUAUGUUGAUCUCUACACCGUGCUUCACGUUGCGAUUGAGCCAUGACAGGCCGUUGGUUGAUAGACAAUGCCUCGCCCGUGGCCGCGAUCUAUCCGCGAUUCCAUGGUGAAUGCACCCAGCGUCGAUUCUCCAGAAAGAGCAUGAAAUGGAAGUAAAAUGGAAG